GGACCGGGGGCGGCGUAGGGAAAGGGAAGGGUGCCUGGAUUCCCGCUCUAGAGCGCAUUCCUCCUCUGUUCCAAUUGUCCAAAUUGUUCCCAUUACUCCUCUCCUCCAAUCAGACGCUUCAGCUUAUUCCAAUUUAGAGAAAGAGAGCAAAAACCCGCCAAUGAAGAGCCUAGCUUGUUCCAAUUGGUUGUAAGCCAAUCAUCGCCCUCCGAAAUUGUCGUAACGUCACUUCAUCACAAAAUCGUUUUUUUGGCAGCAUUGACGAUACCCGGUGAGUAUAUGAGAGAAAUGUUCAGAAUUUGCAAUGGAUGUAACAUCGACGGCUAUAUGUGAUGAAAUAUGACUAUAACACAUCUAGCCAUCUGACUUAUUUGACUACAGGGGCUACCAAAAAUGUUUAUCUUAAUGAUGUUAGUGGAUCGCUAGCUACUGUAGAUAUAGUAUAGGGUGACGCUGCGCAGGAAAGUUAGCAUUGCCUAACAAGGUUUACAAAGCUGACAAAGUGUAUUUGACCGCUGACAACCCUGUAAAACGUUAGCUAACAUUUAUAUCAACUCAGUUGGAAUUCUAUACUAUUUAAUUGACACUUUUCUUUCGUUUUUUGAUGGCAUGCCUUUGAAGUGUAUGUAGUGUCUUUCUUUGUAAACUGAAUUAAACUGCAUUUGAAGUAAUAAUCAAUGCCCCCCCCCCCCCUUGCAGACCUAUCAAGCAAAUGUGAAUUCCUUUAUAUGCAUCUAUUACUGUUAUGCUGUCACUUGUCACUGCACUCCUCACUCAUGAUAAUAGUUUAUUCUUGCCUCCUAAAAUGGAAAAUCCUAGGUUCCGUUUCACCCCACACCCCAGGCAGUAAAAGUGGCCGCUGACGGCCCCCCUGCUUCGGGUGCUCAGGGCCCUCCUGUGAGGGCUAAGAAGUGGGAGGAAGUGGAGGCAGAGGCUCGAGCCAGCAUCGUCUCCGAGGGAGGUGACCCUGGUGCAGAGCUGGUCGUCCUGAGCCGGUGCACAGUUCAGUUCAGCAAGUACCGGGGUCAGACCUUCAAGUGGUUGAUGGAGAACGACGUGGGCUACAUGGUGCAUCAGAAGGAGAGGGAGCAAGAGCGCAGCGUUUCCCAGCAUCCCUGAUGGCCAACAAGGACGCCUUGACUCGCUACUGGUGCGCCUAUCCGGCCUUCGCGGAGAUGGUCAGGUUCAACCGGGCGCACGAGGAAGCUAAAGUCCUGUCCUCCCAGCCAGGCCAGGAGAGCAAGGCCCUUGUUGCCAUCGGGAAGUACAAGUGGGACAUGCUGCAGGACCUAUACGAGGCUAAGGGUGCGGACAGGAUAAAAUAUGUCAGGAGCAUGAGGACGCAGACACCCCGUUAUCCUGGGAGUGCGAUAGCCGCCUUGAUUGACUUGAUUGACUACAUUCAGCGCAGAGACCAGGAGGGAGUAGCUGCUGUGGCCAGCCCCGCCGCAGCCAGCACCACCCCCGCCAGUAAAACCCGGCCCAAGAGUGAGGCUACGCAUCUUGGUCCUGUGAUCUCUGCGUUCCUGUCAAGGCGCUCUCUCACCCCAGGUGAACUGCAGGCGAAGAUGGAGAAGCUCAUGGCUUCUCAGCUUGCAGUUCAAGACUUGACUUUCUGGCUGCUAGGUGGAACAGCGUUUAUAUCAGCCCUCUGCAAAGUCUUAUUUGCUGUGGAUGGAGCCCCAUCUGGCGGACAGAAUCAGUACUGCACCAGCGGACGUGAAAGAAGACUGGUUUAAAAAAAAGAAUCCAAGAUGGCGACUUUGUGUGGUGGAGAAAGCGGGCACUCCUGUGGAUGUUUGGUACCCUCUAGUGGUCAUGUUGGGUAAGUGCAUCAGGACAGCAGAACUAAACCCAGACCAAUGUAGACAGUAAAUCACUUAUAUAUAUAUAUAUACCCAUACUAAACCACACCAUAUAAUUGCAAACAGGCCGUGAGUUAAUACAUUUGUGACAGUUAAUUGUGACAACACGGGGGAAAACGACUGCUCCCUCCUUGAGGACCAGAACCCCCAUGACUCAUUCAUUCCUUCAUUAGAUGUAAAAUUCAACUUGUUUUUGUGUUUUACACUAUUCCCGUGUUAAAGCUAUUCGUUAUCCUGCCCAGGCUUGUUUCUGUGUGAGUUUGGCAACCUAGAUUGAGAUUUAAUAUUUUAAAAAGCACCGACAGUAUCAACAUUUAGAAUGUUAUUGUAUUGGAACAUUUGGUGCUACUGUACAUGUAGUUUAAAGGGAUUUUCCGGUACUUUGAUUAGUUUUUAGCCAGUAGUUCUGAAAGUAGCGCUCAUGAGCCAAAAGUUGUCCCCGACAAUUGCGUACUACAUCACAUGUGUGCACCACGUCAUUGCGGUCUCUCUCGCUCUUCUCUGAUUCUUGCUAGCUGUCACUCAAGUAGCGAGGGGCUGAACUCAUUGACUGGAACACGAAUUGAUAGGGGGCUGGCCCACGUGGGGGGAAAAUCUAGGGAAAAUGGAAUGGCACAGCUUCCAGAAAACAGUCGCUUUCAAACUAGGGAUUUUGUGGCUAAUUGAGGUAAGGCAGUAAUUCUCAUAGAUUAUGCAUGUGUGAGCUACACUGUCCAUAAUUUAUUGUAUUAGUCAUCUCAGGGAUGCUACUUGAAAACAUCAGAGAAGCAAUUUCCAGUUUUGUUCAUCACUAAACAGCCAAUAGACAUGAAAUCAUAAAAUUACACGAAAACUGUGUAGGACAUUUAAGUGAUAAUGCCCGAGAAGCCAGUGAUUGGAGGAUAUAUUGGCAUGGGUGUUCGACUCGGGCCGGCAAACCGUCCCAAUAUAUCUGCCGAACACUGGCUUCGAGGACAUUAUCACUUUUAUACAACGGGUUACAAACAUAUUCAAAUAAUGUUAGACAUAUUUUCAUUAUAAAUGUUAUUUUGAUUAAUUUAUUCGUACUAUUUCAUCCUUCCACAAGAUAUAGUCCCGACACAAAUCUAGGGUUGCUAGAGACGCGACCCAGUCAUUCGUUCUUUUUGUUCUGUAUCUAUGGACGCGACCCACUCUUUUUGUUCUGUACCGACGCCCACUCACUGACAUAAUCUCCGUCGCAUCUAAACCAGCAUUGACCAGUUUCUGGACUGUCGUGGUCCUGAUGCUGUGAUUUGUGUAUGUAGUUGUUCCCGCUGCCCUGCAGAUCUUGGGUAGAAGUGCUGCCAGAUAGUGCCCCCACCCAAUGGACAUUUAUCAUGUUAGUUGUAAAUAUGUCAUUAUUAUUAUGUUACUAUUGUAUGAUUCAGUUCCCUUUGACCUGUACUGUAGUAGCUUAAGAUAUUCACUGUACCCUGCAUUUACAUCUGCAACCCUGCGCAUGUGACUAAUAAACACUCUCUGUGGCACUGCUAGGACUCGCCACUAGAGCGCAGCAACAGACAAUAAAAUUGCAGUGAUCAGUUGUAGGCUGUUUUCUGUCAAUGUUAAUGCAUUUGAUGGUAUGUUGCUGCCUUCUAGUGGCAAGUCCUGGCAGUGCCACAGAUGUGUGUGUGUGUGUGUGUGUGUGUGUGUUUUAUUGCAGGUCCAAUUGGCAUGUAAAAAUGUGUAUUGUGUUUCUCUGGUCUAAAUCUCAUGUAGAUCACGAUGUAACAGGAAGACUAAAAACCAGCAGACACUCAAGCCUAGAGUAGUUGACUUUGCUUCAUAUGCUAACAGCCUGUUUAGCUGGUUGGGCCAGACUGCCCUAGCAGCUGUGUGGUGGAGUGAGUGGCAUGAGGUGUGGCCUUCUGUCUGUGAAUUGGCAAGAGCCAGUUGUGAUAUGUAAAUGACCUGUUGUCUCAAGGUGUGAGUAGGUAAGGCUCCAUAGCUCAGUGGUUAGAGCACUGGUCUUGUAAACCAGGGGUCGCGAGUUCAAUUCUCGCGACCCCUGGCCUUGACUAAAGGGUCACAUGUUUUAAUCCAGGUCAGUACAAUCCCGAUGUGUGUUCAAUUCUGCUCCCAAUGUAUACAUACCUUGUGAAGAAUUAUGUUGUUGUUGUAGUAGCUUAUGUCUCGUGUCAACAGAACAGCCAGCACAGAAAUGACAUCUAUCAGGUUAACAUGUUACCAUUUAACACCAACACCCAGAAGAACAUCCAGAAGAGAAUUUUUGUGGCGAGUUACUGGGUUUUAUGGCUUCAGUCAUGGCUCCAUAGCUCAAUGGUUAGCGCGAUGUUCUUGUAAACCAGGGGGUUGUGAGUUCAGAUCACGCUGGGGCCUUCCUUGAGGGGUCAUAUGUUUUGCCCUGGCUGACGUGUGCUCCAGCAGCACUACACUGCCUACGUGACAACCUGUGUAGCCUAACGUGCAGUCUUGUCUACACAUUGCAUUGGAGUAAAACAAUGUGCGUAUUAACAACAUACAACUGUUAUUUUGCUUCUCAAUGAUCAUUCAACGCCGCACAAUUUGAUGGACAGACAGGACAUCAUUGAAAUUCGCCAGAGUAGCCUACUGUGCCACCUGUGGGCAGAUAACAAACAGAUAUUUUAUUAACAUCUUCAAUGCCUGGAUCGGGAGCCGGGGUGGGGCGUGUGUGGAGCUUUGUCCCCGGGGGAAGGGCCUCGCUUGAGAGACCAAUGCAAUCAAUGUUGACAUAUGAGAUGAAUGUGUGGAAUCUGUGGAUGUCGUUGUAUUUGAUCAUGUCACCACUACAGAUUUGUUUUGUUUCUGCAUUUUAUUUUCAUUGAUCUUUUUCUGGCAGAGAUCAAUGUAUUAUGGUAUAUGGCCGUAGGAAAGCAGUCCUACUUGAGCAUUUGUUUCACUCUCCC